GCCUGGCGUCGGUCACCACCUCACGAACCGCAGGACUUGCGAAAGCGAAUUCUAAUGCCAAACUAACUUGACCUUGUACAUGUACAUGGUAUCACUGCCAAUUAACGCGUAUUUCGCUCCGAAACGUCUGGCUUAUUUAUCGUUAUAACGAGCCUUCAUUGCUGCAGCUAUGUCUAGUCUACUUUCAAAGUUGACCGUUGGCACGAUUGGGAUUACGUGCAAGACCUUCCUCAACAUCGGUUACUGUUCUUCCGUUACUGUGUUUGGCUUGGAGAACCUUGUGAAUGCCUUGAAUAGUAAAGAGAGGGACGCUAGACGUGGAGUCAUCACUCUUUCGAAUCAUAUUUCCACUUUAGAUGAUCCAGUAACAUGGGGUAUACUUCCGACGCACUACUUCUUCAAUACUAGGACGACGCGCUGGGUGCUCGGCGCAUCGGACAUGAUGUUCACGAAUCCGGUCUUGUCUACCUUCUUUCGAAAUGGUCAAGUCAUAGAAACCUUUCGCGGAGCUGGUAUCUUCCAGCCUGCUGUUGACUUCGCAAUCGACAAGCUCAACGAGGGGGCAUGGAUACACCUAUUCGGUGAAGGCAAGGUGAACCAACCGAACGUGGACAAACAUGAGAGUAAUAUCCUUCCGCAUAAGCUGCUACGGUUCAAAUGGGGCGUUGGAAGAAUUGUAAUGGAAGCAGUAAAGCCUCCAGUCAUUAUACCGAUGUGGCUAUCAGGAUUCGACAAACUCAUGCCAGAGGACCGACCUUCACCGUAUAAGUUCUUCCCUCGACGCGGCGCCAACUUGAGCAUCACGUUUGGGAAACCCAUAGACGACGACAACGUGAAAGCUACUCUCAAGAGAUAUAAAUCUAGCCUACCUUACAGGCACAACAAGCCGCAGUUCAGCACUCCUGACGAGAAGCUUGCAAAAUCGACUAAGGAAGGAUGGUUAAGCGAAGCCGUAGUGGAGCCCGAAGAUCCUCCAGUUUCGUUAACUGAAGAGACCGAUAGGACUCGGAGCAAAUUGACUGGGCUUUUGCAGCAAUAUGUCGAGGCCCUAGGUCAGGAGGUUAACAAACGGACAUAGUGCACUUGAUGUAUCUAUUGGGGUAUCGAUAUAUGCAUGUCUAGUCGUGCCCGCAUCCUGGUUAAGAUGACAUAAUAUGAAAUCAU